AUGGAAGCAUCAACGAAUGCACGUCCAUCGAAAUCGGCAAGUGUAGCACCUUGUUUUUGGACUAAUUCAGAAAUAUUACAAUGGAUGAAAAAUAGUUUACCAGAAUUAUUUCAUAAAUAUGGUGGCUUUUUUAAAACACAUGGAAUUCGAGGACGAACUUUAUUUAUGUUAAAUGAUAAUCUUCUACUUGAAAUGGGUAUCAAUGAUUCACAAGAUCGAGCACAAUUUCGUAUUGAGAUAGCCAAAUUAAAAAUAAAAUCUGAUUUAUUGACAUUAAAAAAUAGUCACCAUAAAGGAAAUAUUCGAUUUUUAGAAGAAAAUCCAAUAAGUGAAUCAUCUCAAAGUGAAAAUGCUUAA